CGCCCCCCAUGCAAGCUAUCAUACAGCUUACGCGUCGAAUGGAUCGACACCGCACCGCAAUGCGCCCGUGCCGCACGAUUAUCAUUAUUCAUCGCAAUCAUUCCAACUCUCUCCGGAUCCACUCCUACCCUAGCCGCACAACCCCCCGGGCCCUAGCUACGCCGAAACCGACUCACCGACCGACAACCGACAAAACCGACAAAACUUAUUGAAACAACUCACUUCCCCCCUUGGCCACGGUACGCGAUGCAAUGACCCCAGAUGGCUGUCUGUCCGUGCGCAUGAUUCUGUGCAAUUAACCAGCCCCGAAUGUCUUGAUCAUGAUCUGAGAUGAAUAAGCUUAUA